AUGCCCCCGCAGAAGCGCAAAGCCCCCUACAAGACCUGGUAUGAAAGGGACGCCGCCCGCACGGCGGCAAGAAAGCGCAUCCGCCGAGAAAACGCCCUGCCCCGCAGCGACCCCUUCACCUUCUUCAGCGACAGCAUCUCAGGCCGGAUCCUGAGGCACCUCGAGGCCGUGCAGGACGUCGGGCGCUGCGAGCUGGUGAGUCGGCGGUGGCGCGAUAUUGUUGUUGGAUGGGGGGUGAGGGAGUGCACGGAGCUGCUGGGGGAGCAUCCGAGGGGCGUGAGACGGCAGGAGCAUGUGCUUGGGCCUGUGGUGAAUGAGCUUAGCGAGGACGAGGAGGAUGAUAUUUUGGGGGCGGAGGAUGAGUGGGUGGAGGGGAAGAGGGAGGGGGAGGAUGAAAGUGAUGUGGAGGUUAAGCCCGAGCGCCAGGAUAAGGGGAAGGCGGUUGAUCGGGCCGCGAUCGAGGGUAGAGAUGAGGAUAUGAUGGAUGUUGACGACGUCAAUGUCAAGAUUAGGGCGGAGAGCCCGGAUCAGUCGGAAGGGGGGAGUGAGGCGGGGAAUAUCAGAGACCUUGGCGGCGUUGACGAAGAUAGGAGGAAGUGGAGGAUCAUCAAGAAGGCCGCGGCCCGUUGGGUGUUAAGGCAGAAGCUCGUCUUCGGCGACGCCUCGUCCGGGAGGGCUUUCGAUGGCGUGAACUGGAUAGUCUCGGCCGGCGACUACAUCGCCUGGUCGGACGGCCAGGACGUAUGCUACCAGCGACUGGGCUUCGAGGCCAACGGGUCCCGCUACGAAGUCCGCCGGUUCCACACACAUGGAUGGUCCAACGAGCGGCCCGAGCUCUGGGUUAGCCCUUACGGCUACGUGCUCAUCCGCGGAUACAAGGACCGCGAGGGAGCGCUCGCCACCGUAUGCAUCCAGAUCGACACCGGGCGGAGGAUGUGGGAGCGGACCGGACCCGCGGCCCCUGCAGAGUGGGCGCAGCGCACGAGGAACAUAUUCGCCGUGACGGAGCACACGAUCUACGAAAUUGAUUCGCACGACAAUCGGCUUCAUAUGCUUGACCUCCGUAGCGGAGGGAUCAUCGGCGAAGCCCAGCUUCCGAACGAUAUGCUGACGCGUCUGCAUCAUCGGUGUAGCGCUGUGCGCAAGACACCAAGCGGACAAGACGUGAUUGUCGCAUUUGCCCCGGUCAAUCGAGCGGUCGCUCGCCGCGGGCAAAUCAUGUGGACCCCCGCGCGGCGUCCAACAGACGCGAAUCAGUGCGAAGUCCAAGGGCUCCAGACAAUCAACCCGCUGACCGGGGAUAUGACCGAGCACUUCCCGGAUGUCGUCGUAUGGGGCGGAUUCGGGAGGAUCUUCCCGAGCUGGGAGAAGGAGAACGAGUUCGCGGUGGUCUCGCUGUGGUAUGACGAAGAAAACAGAGACAACUACGUAUGGUGGAAGAUGGAUUUCUUCCAGAUCAAUGACCGAUCCCGUAUUUCGCGGCUCCGCACUGAACUCUUCGCGUGCGACUCGACUCACUACGACGAGGUUGUCGGGAACAAUCCCUCCACCGUCGACCCAUAUAUGUGUCUCCUGUUCAGCGCGAACGCGGCCGACCAGUAUCUGCCGUCCAUUGUAGAGUUUGAGGCCGCGCCGGCCGACAUCAAUAUGCCGGAGCCAAUUCAGCGUGUGGCGGCGCAUCUCCGCGUUGACCGCAUCUGGUGCGAUGACCGGACUAUGAACAUCUCGCUGCCGAUGCGUCACAGGCGGGUUCAGGAACGCCUGGAGUUUGAUAUUGGUUACAGGCCUGGUAGGGCUGAGAUGAGGCAGCUUGGCAAGAAGACCCUUGCCGUCUUUUAUGCGCCUGGUUUCGAUGGGGAUGAGCGCGGGGAUACGUAUUUGUUUGAUUUUCGGUUUCGGGCGCCCUUCUUGGGGGCAAAUGCGUAUCCGGGAGAGCUUUGA